AUUAUUACGUACUUGGUCAUACACUGGUACGGAGUAUAUAAGAUAAGGGCAGAGUUCAUUGAUUUACUGCUAAAAAUUAAAAGAACAAAAAAGAAAAAAAAAACCUAAUCCAAAGAUCUCUCCUCUUCUCAGCAGCAAGAACACUCGGCCAUGGGUUACGAAAACGAUCCGUACAGAGACGAGGACGGAGAGGGAUUGGUGGACUUUGAUGAGGAUAUCCAGUCCGAUCACGAUCCCCAGGACAAUAUCCUUGAUGACGAUGGAUGGGACCAGCGGCAGCGCGAACGCUCGCCGACCCCUGUUUAUGACGACGAUUACAAAUCGAAGCCCCGGAAGCGGUUGAUUAAGAAGUCCGGUGGUGGGAAAGAGACCGCACCGGAUCUUGGGUUUGCGGAUGAGGAUGCUUAUGAUGAUGGGAUGGCGGGGAUGGUAAGAGAUGAGUCUGAUGGCGGUGGACCUUCGUAUUCUGACGGUGGGAAGAGGAAACGGUUUGAGAAGGAGAGCGGUGGGGAGAAGAGGAAAGAGAAGAAGAGGGAUAAAGGUGAGAAAAAGUUCAAGGUGAGGAAGAAUGGAGGAGGGUACUCUGGCGCAGGCCGGAGGGGCAAUGAUGGUGAUCAGGAGCUGAAGGAGUUGUGGGACACUGUUGCUGGGGGAGAUUCUGAGGAUGACCGAGAUGGUGCUAAGACAGUGGAUGACGAUAACUUCAUAGAUGAUAGUGGUUUAGAUCCUGCUGACAGAUACGGAAGUGACCAUGAACAACGAUCUCCUGGAAGCUAUCCACAGGCAGAAGAAGGCGAAGAAGAUGACGAGAUAAAGGAACUAUUCAAGAUGGGAAAGAAAAAAAAGAAAAAUGAAAAAAGUGCCCAAGAGAUUUCAUUAUUAGUUGAGAAUGUCAUGGCAGAACUAGAAGUUGUUGCAGAAGAAGAUGCUGAGCUGAAUAGACAGUCUAAACCUGCUAUCAAUAAACUUAAAAAGCUGCCUCUUCUUACAGAUGUCCUGUCAAAGAAACAACUUCAGCAGGAAUUUUUAGAUCAUGGAGUGUUAACACUUCUAAAGAAUUGGCUUGAGCCCCUUCCAGAUGGAAGCCUGCCCAACAUAAAUAUCCGGGCAGCAAUCUUAAAGAUCCUGACAGAUUAUCCAAUUGAUUUAGAACAGUAUGAUAGAAGGGAACAGCUGAAAAAGAGUGGCCUUGGAAAGGUUAUUAUGUUUCUCUCUAAGUCAGAUGAAGAGACCACAUCUAAUCGGAAACUUGCCAAGGACUUGGUUGAUAAAUGGAGUCGACCCAUUUUCAACAAGAGUACAAGGUUUGAGGACAUGAAGAACUAUGAAGAAGAGAGGGCUGCUUAUAGAAGGCCACCUGUGAAAAAGCCAAUGAACAAAGCUUCAGGAAUGCAGUCUAGGGAUGAUGACCUUGAUUUGGCUGAAUUUUCACAGGGGCAAAAGUCUGGUCAGUCAUCCACCAGGCAACUUACUUCCAGACCUGAAGCUAUGUCAAUGGAUUUUGUGGUUCGUCCUCAGUCAAAGGUUGAUCCAGAGGAGGUUAGGGCGAGGGCAAAACAGGUUGUGCUAGACCAGAGGCGACAGAAGAUGAAUAAGAGAUUACAGCAACUGAAAGCACCUAAAAAGAAGAGUCUUCAAGCAUCAAAAAUCAGUGUGGAGGGCCGUGGGAUGGUUAAGUAUCUGUAAUGUUUUUGCUUGUUACGAACACCAAGCGGUGGAUCAUUUGCUGCUUCUGCUUCUGCUUCUGGCGGACAACGACAAAGGAAAAUGUGAUCCAUCAAAUAAGAAAUGCAAAGUGAUAAGUUUGCUUGUGCAAUUUCAACCUCCAACAACUUUCCAACUUUGGCUGUCAGCUUCUUUAAAUGUUUACUGAUACAGGCUGCCUGACAUCAUAUUCCCAGAUGAUAAUGUAUGAUCAUUGCUCUUAAUUCAAAGGAUGUUUUUUUUUUUUUUUUUCUUUUUGCAUUUGCCUUUAAUAUGAUUAGUGUUAAUAAUGUUUUAUUGUUAUAUUAGAAGAUCAAUAAAAUUCUCAUCAUUGAGUUGAUGUAUUAUAUCGAUAUUUCUUAAGACAUUAA